AUGGAUCGUCCAAAGAAGGCUGCUGCUUCCUCAUCUCCAAAAAAAAGUGAAAUCGCCAAAAAUGAAGGCGGAACGGGAGAAGAAGGACCCGAAUGCUCCAAAACGUACUCGGUCGGCCUAUAUGUUAUGGUUAAAACCGCUGAAAGCCGGCCAAGCCUGAUGGCCGCUGAUGAGAAGAAGCGAUAUGAAAAGGAGAUGGCAGCAUACAAAGCUGGAGGAUCAGCAUCUUCUCUGAAGAAGGCUGGAAAAGCUAGGGCCAUGUAA